AUGGCAAGGAAACUCACUAUAUUGGAAGUCCUUCUGAUCAUCUUCUUCCUAACUGUACUGGCCUUAGAUAUCUUCUUGAUGUUUUUUGUGUUGAAUAUUGAAGGUAAGGAGGAUGCUUCGACUGCAUUUGCUCCAGAGUGCCCAGAGAUCCCUGAAUCAGAGAGGAUAGACUGUGCUCCUGGCCAGGUGGUGACAGAGGAUGUCUGCCGCCAGCAACAUAGGUGCUGCUGGAAGCCUGUGUCAGAUAUUAAUGUCCCUACGUGCUUCUUCCCCAGGAAUUGGGGCUACGAAGUCAUUGGUAGCCAGAAUAAUACAAGGACAGAGUUUACAGCCCACUUGAGAAAGUUGUCAUUCCCAUCUCUGUUUGGAUAUGAUGUCGACGAAGCCUUCUUCACAGCUGAGUAUCAGACAUCCAAUCGUUUCCAUUUUAAGAUCAAUGAUACCAACAACAUACGCUAUGAAGUCCAGCAUGAAAAUAUUAACCUGUUUAAUAGGACUAAUAGAGCCAUCGAUUUCAACUAUUACCUAGAGGUCAUUCAGAAACCCUUCAGCAUCAAAAUAAUAAGGAGGAGCAACGGAAGAGUCUUAUUGGACACGAGCAUCGGGCCCUUGCAGUUUGCCCAGCAGUACCUGCAGCUGUCCUUCCGACUGCCCAGUGCCACUGUGUAUGGGCUGGGAGAGCAUGUACAUCAGCAGUACCGCCACAACAUGACCUGGAAGACCUGGCCCAUCUUCACUCGAGAUGCUGCCCCCACCGAGGGCAUGAUUAAUCUGUAUGGAGCUCAUACAUUCUUCCUGUGCCUUGAAGACAUCAGUGGCUUCUCUUUUGGGGUUUUUCUGUUGAACAGUAAUGCCAUGGAGGUCACCCUCCAGCCUGCUCCUGCAAUCACUUACCGCACAACUGGAGGCAUCCUUGACUUUUAUGUAUUCCUGGGAAAUACUCCAGAACAAGUGAUUCAGGAAUACCUGGAGCUCAUUGGACGACCAUUCUUGCCUCCCUACUGGAGUCUUGGUUUCCAGCUCAGUCGCAGGAACUAUAGUGACAUCAAUGGAUUGAAGGAGGUUGUGAACCGAAAUCGUCUAGCUCAGAUCCCUUAUGAUGUCCAGUACUCUGACAUAGACUACAUGGAUGGAAAUAAGGAUUUCACUAUUAAUAAAGUGGCUUUCUCUAAUCUCUCAAAUUUUGUCAACGAGUUACAUAACCAAGGAAUGAAAUAUGUAAUCAUUAUGAAUCCUGGCAUCUCAAAUAACUCUGGCUACCAGCCCUAUGUGAAUGGAAGUACAAAGAGAGUAUGGAUCUUGGGGGACAAUGGCUUUGUUCUUGGGAAGGGGUACCCAGGAUGGACAGUGUUUCCUGAUUAUAGUAAUCCGACUUGCGUUGAGUGGUGGAGAGAGCAGUUCAGUGCAUUUAAUAAAAUUCUCCAGUUCGAUGGAGUGUGGAUUGAAAUGGAUGAAGUCUCCAGCCCCCAAGAUUCCGAUCCCAAGUGUGAGCAGAACAGCUUGAACUUUCCUCCUUUCGUUCCCCAAAUUCUGGACCGCUCGCUUUCUGCCGGAACCCUCUGCAUGGAUGCAGAACUUUACUGGGGUCUUCACUAUGAUGUCCACAGCUUGUAUGGCUACUCCAUGGCAAAAGCUACACACUCGGCCAUGGAGAAUAUCUUCCCCGGAAAAAAUAACUUCAUCUUAUCCCGCUCUACUUUUGCUGGAUCUGGCAAAUUUGCUGGACAUUGGUUGGGGGAUAAUGCCGCCACAUGGGAUGAUCUCCGAUGGUCCAUCCCAAGUAUCCUUGAGUUCAACCUAUUUGGUAUCCCCAUGGUAGGUGCCAACAUCUGCGGUUAUACAAAAAACGUCACAGAGGAGCUCUGCACAAGAUGGAUGCAGCUUGGGGCAUUUUAUCCACUCUCGAGGAAUCACAAUGGACCUGAGUUCAGGGACCAGGAUCCCGCUGCCUUUGGUGAACACUCUCUGCUGCUGAAAUCCUCCAGACAUUACCUGAACAUCCGCUACACCCUGCUGCCCUACCUCUACACCCUUUUCUACCGAGCUCACACCCGGGGGGAUACUGUAGCAAGGCCACUGGUCCAUGAGUUCUAUCAGGACCCAGCUACAUGGGAUGUGCAUGAGCAGUUCUUAUGGGGACCUGGACUCCUCAUCACCCCUGUUUUAUAUGAGGGUGUGGACCUAGUGAAAGCAUACAUACCGGACGCCAUCUGGUACGACUACGAGACCGGGGUAGCCAUGCAGUGGAGGAAACAAUCAGUGGAGAUGCAGCUGCCACUUGAUAGGAUAGGACUUCACCUCCGAGGAGGCUUCAUAUUUCCCACCCAGCAACCCAACACAACCACAGAAAUCAGUCGGAAGAAUUCCCUGGGACUCAUUGUUGCCUUGGACUAUAAGAGAGAAGCACAGGGAGAGCUGUACUGGGAUGAUGGUGUAUCUAAAGAUACUGUAACUGAAAAGUAUAUUCUGUAUAAUUUUUCUGUCACCUCGAACCAGCUACAGGCAAAAAUUAUAAAUAAUACAUAUAUGGACCCUGACAACCUCAUGUUUACAGAUAUCAUAAUCUUGGGAAUGGACAAGCAACCUACUGAUUUUACUGUCUUACUUAGAAAUUCUUCUACCCCCAUUUCAAAUGUUAACUACAAUGUUUCAUCAAAGGUGGUGAAGAUCAGUGAUCUCAAGGGACUGGUACUUGGUCAAGAAUUCUCCAUUGGAUGGAACCUUCCAGUCAGUGACCUGGAGAAAUUCAACUGCUACCCUGAGGACCCUGCUGUCUCUGAGGAGAAUUGCAGGCAGCGGGGGUGCCUUUGGGAGUCCACAACUCUUCCUGGCGUGCCCACCUGUUACUACGAUACCAUCCCCAGCUACGCCGCCAGUAACAUUCAGUACCUGCCUACGGGCAUCACCACAGAGCUUGCCUACCUGGGGGCCCCCAACUCAGCCCGAGCAGCCUCAGCAUCUGGUUCUCUCUCUGCAACAGUCAGCUUCCUCCAGUUGAGCGUGAUCUACCACACAGAAAACAUGCUGCAGUUCAAGAUCUUUGAUCCCACAAACAAAAGGUAUGAGGUCCCAGUGCCUCUGAACACCCCUCCUUCUCCAUCUGGCUCUCCUGAAAACCGUCUGUAUGAUGUCAGGAUUCAGAACAAUCCUUUUGGGAUCCAGAUUCUACGAAAAAACUCCAGCACUGUAAUUUGGGAUUCUCAGCUCCCUGGCUUCACCUUCAACGACAUGUUCCUCUCCAUUUCUACUCGCCUCCCCUCUCAGUACAUAUAUGGCUUUGGGGAGACGGAGCACACAGCUUUCAGAAGAGAUAUGAACUGGACCAUGUGGGGAAUGUUUGCUCGUGAUGAGCCACCAGCGUACAAGAAGAAUUCCUAUGGUGUCCACCCGUACUACAUGGCACUGGAGGAAGAUGGCAGUGCCCAUGGAGUGCUCCUGCUAAACAGCAAUGCCAUGGAUGUGUCAUUCCAGCCCACUCCUGCCCUGACAUACCGCACCACAGGAGGAAUUUUGGACUUUUAUAUUGUUUUGGGGCCAACCCCUGAGCUUGUAACUCAACAAUACACUGAGUUGAUUGGUCGGCCAGCAAUGACUCCAUACUGGGCCUUGGGAUUCCAACUAAGUCGCUAUGGAUACCAGAAUGACAUUGAGAUCUCCCAAUUGUAUGACGCAAUGAUGGCGGCCCAGAUUCCCUAUGAUGUCCAGCAUGUAGACAUCGAUUACAUGGACCGGAAGCUGGACUUCACUCUCAGCCCCAACUUCCAAAACCUCAGUCUCCUGAUGGACGAAAUGAAGAAAGAUGGCAUGAGAUUCGUUCUCAUUCUGGACCCAGCCAUUUCUGGCAAUGAGACCCAGUAUCUCCCAUUCACCAGAGGGCAGGAAAACAAUGUAUUCAUCAAAUGGCCUGGCAAGAAUGACAUUGUCUGGGGAAAGGUUUGGCCAGAUCUACCCAAUGUGAAUGUGGAUACAUCCCUUGACCAUGAAACUCAGGUUAAGCUUUACAGAGCCCACGUUGCUUUUCCUGACUUCUUACGUAAUAGCACAGUUGCAUGGUGGAAGACGGAAAUAAAAGAGCUCUAUGUAAACCCUCGAGACUCAACAAAGAGCUUGAAGUUUGAUGGACUGUGGAUUGAUAUGAAUGAGCCCUCAAACUUUGUGAAUGGAUCUGUCAAAGGCUGCAGUGAUGAAAUUCUUAAUAAUCCACCCUAUAUGCCAUAUUUGGAGUCCAGGGACAAGGGCCUGAGCAUCAAGACCUUGUGCAUGGAGAGUGAGCAGAUCCUGCCAGAUGGCUCACGGGUGCGGCACUAUGACGUUCACAGCCUGUACGGAUGGGCCCAGACCAGACCCACCUACGAAGCUGUGCAGGAGGUGACGGGACAGCGAGGGGUCGUCAUCACCCGCUCCACAUUCCCCUCUUCUGGCCGCUGGGGAGGCCACUGGCUGGGUGACAACACGGCCGCGUGGGACCAGCUGAAGAAGUCUAUCAUUGGCAUGAUGGAGUUCAGUCUCUUUGGAAUACCGUAUACAGGAGCAGAUAUUUGUGGCUUCUUUGGAAAUGCCGAAUACGAGAUGUGUAUUCGCUGGAUGCAACUGGGGGCCUUUUAUCCAUUUUCCAGAAACCACAACACCAUGGGGACAAGGAGACAAGAUCCUGUGGCCUGGAAUUCAACCUUCGAGAUGUUCUCAAGAAAAGUCCUCGAGACCAGAUACACCCUGCUGCCUUACCUCUACACUCUGAUGCAUAAAGCUCACGUGGAGGGCAGCACCGUUGUGCGGCCCCUGCUCCAUGAGUUUACAAAUGACCGUAAAACAUGGGUCAUCGACUGCCAGUUCAUGUUGGGCCCUGCCAUCUUAAUCAGCCCUGUGCUGGAAAAUAACAAGUUUCAGGUCAGCGCUUAUUUUCCCAGAGCUCGUUGGUAUGACUACAGCACGGAAUCUGGCAGUGUAUCAACAGGGCAGUGGAAAAUCCUGAACGCUCCCCUUGACCACAUCAACCUUCACAUCAGAGGAGGCUACAUCCUGCCUUGGCAAGAGCCUGCGAUGAACACUCACGCCAGCCGACAAAAAUUUAUGGGAUUGAUUGUUGCACUGGAUGACAAUGGGGAAGCUGAAGGCCAACUAUUCUGGGAUGAUGGCCAAACUAUUGAUACCUAUGAAAAUGGAAACUAUUUCUUGGCAAACUUUACAGCAACUCAGAAUCUAUUGAAAAUCCAGACCAUACACAAUAAGUAUUUGAGUGACUCAAACCCGCUGAAAGUUGGAUAUAUUAAAAUCUGGGGGGUAGCCUCUACUAAUGUGACACAAGUUACUUUCACCUAUGACAACCAGCAAUUCAUGGAGAUGAAUUUCAAGACUGACUAUCAGACGCUGAUUAUUCAAUUGACUGACAAGAUUAUCAGCCUAGAAAAGCUAAGUGAGGUUACCUGGAUAUACGGUGGCCCAGUAGUUUCUACUACACCUAUGACAAGUACAUUCCCAACAAGUUCUCGACAUCCUUCUACAGUUACUACUAAGAAUACGACUUUUGAGUCUACUACCACUAGUACUGCUAAUACUAGUACUGCUUUUCCCAUCACCACCACUGUUUUCCCAAUAAGUACUACCGAGUUAACAACUAGUCUUACAAGUACUACUAAGUUUACAACUACUCCUACUGUUCCUAAUACCACCACAUCUUUCCCAAUCAGUACUACUGAAUUUACAACUACUCCUACUGUUCCUAAUACCACCACAUCUUUCCCAAUCAGUACUACUGAAGUUACAACCAGUCCUACUGUUCCUAAUACCACUACUACUACCACUAGUACUGCUAAUACUAGUACUGCUUUUCCCAUCACCACCACUGUUUUCCCAAUAAGUACUAGUGAGUUUACAACUAGUCCUACUGUUCCUAAUACCACCACAUCUUUUCCAAUCAGUACUGUUGAAUUUACAACUACUCCUACUGUUCCUAAUACCACCACAUCUUUCCCAAUCAGUACUACUGAAGUUACAACCAGUCCUACUGUUCCUAAUACCACUACUACUACCACUAGUACUGCUAAUACUAGUACUGCUUUUCCCAUCACCACCACUGUUUUCCCAAUAAGUACUACCGAGUUAACAACUAGUCCUACUGUUCCUAAUACCACCACAUCUUUUCCAAUCAGUACUGUUGAAGUUACAACCAGUCCUACUGUUCCUAAUACCACUACUACUACCACUAGAGGUGCUAAUACUAGUACUGCUUUUCCCAUCACCACCACUGUUUUCCCAAUAAGUACUACCGAGUUAACAACUAGUCUUACAAGUACUACUAAGUUUACAACUACUCCUACUGUUCCUAAUACCACCACAUCUUUCCCAAUCAGUACUACUGAAGUUACAACCAGUCCUACUGUUCCUAAUACCACUACUACUACCACUAGUACUGCUAAUACUAGUACUGCUUUUCCCAUCACCACCACUGUUUUCCCAAUAAGUUCUACUGAGUUUACAACUAGUCCUACUGUUCCUAAUACCACCACAUCUUUCCCAAUCAGUACUACUGAAGUUACAACCAGUCCUACUGUUCCUAAUACCACUACUACUGCUAAUACUAGUACUGCUUUUCCCAUCACCACCACUGUUUUCCCAAUAAGUACUACUGAGUUUACAACUAGUCCUACUGUUCCUAAUACCACCACAUCUUUCCCAGUCAGUACUGUUGAAGUUACAAGCAGUCCCGCUGUUCCUAAUACCACUAUGCCUUCCCCCACAGGCACUACUGAGAGUAAUAGUACUCUUCCUGUAACAGACACGCCUUUCCCCACUAGUGCUUCUUCAUUGACAACUACUCCUACUCUUCCUGUUACCACUACACCUUUGUCAACUGCAUUUACAACCAGUCCUACUGUUCCUAAUACCACUAUGCCUUCCCCUACAGGCACUACUGAGAGUAACAGGACUCUUCCUGUAACAGACACGCCUUUCCCAACUAAUGCUUCUUCAUUGACAACUAGUCCUACUCUUCCUGAUACCAGUACACCUUCUCCUGCAAGUACCGCUAUUGCUAGAACUAGUACUAUCCUUCCUAUCACAAGCACUCCCUUUCCAGCAAACACUAUUGAAGUUACAACUAGUACUGCUGUUACUAAUACCACUAUGCUUUCGCCUAUAAAUACUACUGCUAACACUAAUACUACUGCUAACACUAAUACUACUCUUCCUAUCAUAACCACUCCUUUCCCAACAACUAAUACUAAUGCUAGCACCAAUACUACUGUUCUAAUGACCACUGCUCUUUCUCCAACAAGUAUUGAUAUAACUAGUACCAAAAGCACUGUUCCAAUUACAACUCUUCCUUCUACAAAUAGUGAUGCUGAUAGUACCAGCAAUAGUUUAACUAUUAUGACUACUUUUUCUGCACGUACUUAUACUAUGGAUACUACCAUUUCUAUGGUAACCACUUCUCCUAGAAGUACUGAUGUUGCUGGCACUGGCAACCAUACUCCUAUUACCAGUUCUCCUUCCCCUACAAUUUCUGGUGGUAAUAGUACUAGUAAUACUAUUCCCACAGUGUCCACUCCUUCUACAGAUAUUUACACUACUAGCACUAAUACCACAGCUAUCCCCACCACCAGUUCUCUAAAUAGUACAGGGCAUGCAGUAAAUAUUACUGAUACAGAUAAGUCUAGCAGUGUUCCAGGUAACACUACCUAUGUUUCUAUUUCAAAUACCACAAUAACCUUAGAUACAUUAGUGAGUGCUCUUCUAGAUGCAGUAGCUCACCAUCGGGUAACAACAAACUCUACAGUUAGUUAUUUACCUAUUACUGCAACUAAUGCUACCACAGAUAUUACAAAUAUCACCACAUCUGCUUUAAAUACUACCAUUCUUGGUAGAACAACAAUGAAUGCUCCUGCUACUGUAUCUACUUAUAUUGCAAAUGUCACAAAUGCUACUCUAGUUCCGUGAUUAAUACUCAAAGCAGGAAAAUUACUACAGACAUCUAUUUAAAACAACAGAUAUAAAAAAUCAAUUAGCAGAUACAUGAUCUUAUGCUACAUAAAUCUUCACAGAUAUUAACACUAGCUUUUAUAGAUAUGGCUACUCCAAGCACUGUGGGUGUGGCAGAUAGGUCUAAAGAUGUAUCCAUGACUACAUUGCUAAAUGUAAUUAAAGAAGAUGUGAAUACUUAUUUUGCAGCCAGAAUAUAUACUCUUAUUUUAAAAAUGAUAACCCCUAUAGCCCUAUCAAUUAAACUAGAUAUUUUAUGUAUCCUUGCUAGAGAUUUCACGGAUGUGUUUGGUAUCUCAGACAAUACCAUAUGAGGCUCCAUAAAUACUAUUGCUUUAGAUAUAGUUAUUGAAGUAACCUAACUUAUUCUUGGGUUACAGGACAUGAUAUUGUUCCUGGAAUACUGAUGAUAUGUGGCACUCACAUGGCCCCUGUAGCAACAAUUAUUAAUAUUAUAGUAAAUUAUUUAACUAGUAAUGUUAAAAUCAUGCUUUAUUUUUCUAUGACUUUUCCACAUGCCAUGUCUACCAGUAUAGCAAUUGACUAUCACAUAUCCUGAAAGUAUUAUUGCUUCUAAAGCAAUCCUAGCUGUAACUAUAGAUAUGGAAAGUGCUACUAUUGUAGAUUUUGUACAUACUUGGACGCCAGGAACUAAAACAAUUAAAUUAAAAAUAUUAGAUGUUACCUUUAUUAUCAUAGGAAAUAAAAAUGUGAUUAUAGAUGUUAAAAACAUAACUUCCUAAACUUCGCAACCACUACUUCCAUAGAUAUUACUGAUACUCUUAAUAUAAAUUUGAUAACUACCCUGGGAUCAGAGUUCUUAUUUACUUUUAAUUGACUUAUAAUCUUGUUUACUUUUUUCCUUAUCUGCCAGUUUUUCCAUUAUUACUUCACUGUGAACUCUCCUGUGUUAGGACUUUGAGCAUUCUUGGUCUUUCAUAUCCAAAUUUACUAUUUAUCCUUGGUCUGUUACUUUCAUAGAUCAUCCAGACCCCAUAAGUAGACUCAUGGUCAUAACCAAAUAUAGCCAGUUGAAUGGUAUUGAAGGCUUAACCCUAGAACAGUAUUCUCAAAAUGUAGUUUGGAGACUCGUGGAAGGCCACGGAACUCUUUCUGGGGUUCACAAGGUCAAAUAUAUUUUCAUAAUACUAUGUUCUUAUAUUCCUUUUUUAUUCUCAUUCUCUAUUUGUAGACAGUGGCAUUUUCCAGAGACUUUAUGCUGUAUGGUGUCACAAUAGAUGAAUAUAAAAACAGAUACAAGGAUCUAGCUGUUUCUAAGAUAGACAUUAACCAGAUUUACAAAAUAUAAAAUAUCAUUCUUUUCACUAUUUUAUGCUUUGAAAAUAUAGUUGUUUUUCAUAAAAAUGUAUUAUUUAUGUAAACAUGUAGUUGA